AUGGCGAGCUCUAGAGGCUCACGCAACGCUUAUUAUUUCUUCGUGCUGGAGAAGCUGCCGGAGUUGAAGCAGCAGGGCCUGGCUGUGACCAGCGUCGCUAAGGCCGUCCCGUAUUGUUCCGAUGCCUGGGCGCUACUUAAUGGUGAGCAAAAAGAAAAAUAUGCAGAAAUGGCUCGUCAGUGGAAAGCUACCAAAUCAGAAGUAGCAGCAGAAAAGCUACGUAAAGAAGUCCCAAUACCUACCCAAAGUCAGGAUAUGAUUCCUCUUACAAACCUUACAAGCACAUUUAAGUAUGAACAAGAUGUGCUCGAAACUUCAUUCUACUUUCUGAAUAUCUUCAGUCAUGGAGUGUUGCCCCCUCACUGUAAUCAGCGUUUCCUCCCUUGUGAAAUUGGGUGUAUCAAAUAUUCACUUAAGGAUGGCAUAAUUGCAGAAUUCCAUCAUUUUAUAAAUCCUGGCGAAGUACCACGGGGAUUUCGGUUUCAUUGCCAGGCUGCAGGUGAUGCUACUCAUAAAAUUCCCAUAUCUGGUUUUGAUAUUGCAACUGCAAGUUACUCAGUUGUGUUGCAUGACCUAUAUGAGUUCAUCAAACCACAAAGGGGCAACUGGCCAUCUGUAUAUUGUAAGUCUGAUGAUCACUUCAGAAUUAACUGGUGUCUAAAACAUAUGGCUAAAGAAACGGGCAGUGUCAAUCAUCUAAAACUUUUAAAUGUGGAAGAUCUUGUUGUGGAGCUAUAUUAUAAAAAACUUCAAAAAGAACCUUCUAAAACAUGGGUGUGUAACACAUUGGAUGCUUCCAUGUGGGAUUACUCAGGAAAUACAAGGUGUCAGUGGCAUGAAACAAAUGAUAUUGUAUUCUGUGCUCUUGCUACAUGCAAGAAAAUUGCAUACUGCAUCAGCAAUUCUUUAGCAAAUAUGUAUGAAAUCCAAUUAACUGCAUCUCAUUUACCACUAACUGAGAAGAACUGCAAGAGCACAACAAACCCUAAGAUGAUAGUGCUGGAUGCUGGACGCUUCCAGAAAGGGAAAGUCGAAAGCACUGAAAAUGAUAGUUAUUUCAGAUCUCUUAAUAAAGAUCAUGAUGCCACAACUUGUAAUGAAUGUGGAUGA